UUUAAAAAAUCUAGUCCCAAUCGAAACCAGUGAAUGGAUAACCGGGACGCCAAAAGGAGUAGUAGGCGGCGGCGGCGGUAGCGAUAGAGUGACGAUGCCGAUGGUGGGCGUUAACGUUCUUAAAGGCGGCAGCUUUCUCUUCUUCCGAAGUUACGGCGGCGGUGGUCGCCGCCCACUGCUAAACAACGGGGUUGGUAGCUGGAAAAUCGGUGGUCGCCCUCUUUCACUAUCUCUUCCUUUUCCCAAUUCCCUUCCCAAAAUUAAUAACAGAAGAUUUUUCUGCACCACAUUUCAGAAUGGUGUAGAUUCUUCUUCUUCGUCAUCUCUCUCAGAAACACCAUCAUCUUCUCCCUCUUCAUCCACAGUGGUUGGUGAUGGUGGUGGUGAUGAAGAGAAAGAUGAGAUAAAGAAUGCAGCCAACACGCUCGACAUAAGGGUUGGGCGAAUCGUAAGAGCUUGGCGACAUGAGGAAGCCGAUUCCCUCUAUGUUGAAGAGGUCGAUAUCGGCGAGCCCCAACCCAGAAUCAUUUGCAGUGGCCUUGUCAAGUAUAUUCCUCUUGAUCUUCUUCAGGACAAGAAGGUAGUUGUCUUUGCUAAUCUGAAGCCAAGGAAUAUGCGUGGCAUCAAAUCAUUUGGGAUGCUUAUGGCUGCUUCUGAUGCAUCACAUGAGAAUGUUGAACUUCUUGUGCCUCCCGAGGGUUCACUACCUGGUGACAGGAUAUGGUUUGGCUGUGCGGAUGAAAAAGAGAACCUGCCUGAUGCUGCCUCACCAAACCAGAUUCAGAAGAAAAAGAUCUGGGAAUUAGUGCAGCCUCACCUGAAGACUGAUGCUUCUUGUGUUGCUGCACUUGGAGGGCAGCAUUUCAUGCGAACAUCAGCAGGUCUGGUGGUAUGCACAUCUCUACAAAAUGCAAACGUAUCGUGAUAUCAAACUGGGAAAUUCAUCAAAUAUGACUUUUGAACCUAUUCAUCCAACACAUCUUAAGUUUUUUUUUUUUUUUUUUUUUUUUUUUUUUGAGC